AUGCAUUUGAUCAAUGUCAAUACGUUGAAGCUGGAAGAGUUUGCAGACGGCAUCAAUGCACCCUCUUAUGCCAUCCUUUCCCACCGGUGGGAAGACGAAGAAGUCUCCUACAAGGAUCUCCGACGGGGCCGUGCAAGCCAGUGCAAGGGCUAUCGCAAGAUCCAGAUGUGCUGCAAGCAAGCUCACGAAGCAAGACUCCAAUAUGCAUGGGUCGACACCUGUUGCAUCGACAAAAGGAGCAGUUCUGAACUCUCGGAAGCCAUAAAUUCAAUGUUCCGAUGGUACCAGAACGCCACUGUCUGCUAUGCCUACCUCAGCGACGUCAAUGCGCCAGCAGCAGCAGAUCCUUCCGUACGCAUGCCACCCAGUGCCAUCGGGAAAAGCCUAUGGUUUACACGUGGCUGGACGCUUCAAGAGCUCAUCGCUCCGAGGGAGCUGGAGUUCUACGACGCCAAUUGGACCUGUCUUGGGACUAGGGGGUAUUUGCAGGAUGCAAUAGCCCAGGCGACGAGAAUCCCGGUGCCGAUUCUGACUGGUAAGGACAAGCCAAACAAAUAUCCUGUUGCGCAGAGGAUGUCAUGGGCAGCCCGAAGGAAAACGACAAGAGUCGAGGAUGUCGCAUAUUGCCUACUGGGGAUUUUCGGUGUCAACAUGCCUUUGUUGUACGGGGAGGGUGAGAGGGCCUUCACAAGACUCCAAGAGGAGAUCAUCAAAAGAUCAGACGAUGAAACUAUCUUUGCUUGGCCCGGGAUCUGCUCACCAGGUCAUUGUACCCCUGGUCGUUGCUCUGGUGUCACCGACCUGGAAAUCGCAACUGCCCUGGAGGAUGCGACCGGGUGUCUUCUUGCUAAGUCCCCACUCCUUUUCGCCGGAUGUGGUGGCGUUGUGCGAACGAUUCAAGGAUCCACGCCUUACGACUCCCAUGAUUACACUUUCACCAACGUCGGUCUAUCAAUCAGAAUGCCCCUCGUUCCCUGGACACUAGACACAUACCUCGGUUUCUUGAACUGCUAUCUAUAUAGCACGAACAAGUCCAAGCCGGAACAUGUUGUCUGCGCUAUACGUCUGCGCAAGUGCAAGCGAGGUCUGAGGAAUACGCAGUUUGUGCGUGUGGAUACAGUUAGUGGGUGCAUCUCCUCGGCGGAUUUUGGCACGUUCAAAGCAGCAAGGUGGAAGGACAUCAUCAUCAGAGACUUCCAAGAUCGGUCAACCCCAAUCCUCGGCCAGUUGAACUCGAACUUUCUUUAUGGGUUUCAUCUCACCGUCUCCGCCGUUCUCGACUUGGCUCCGAUCGUCCAUCGUUACCCUAUUUCAGAGAACAAGAAUUCAACGGUCGAGAUUCCAAUGGGCAAGUCCGGGACCAUCGCUGUGAUCGAGCUGCAGGACUCGCAGUCCAGCGAGUUGAGAACACUAGUCAAGCUCGGGUUCGAUUUCAACUUCAGCGCCGUGAUUCAGGUGCAAAUCAAGCAUGAGCCGAUCUCGGACGCCGGCCUCAUCGACGUCAUGAAAUCCGACUGGAUAGAGCAGUUCGACUCGAGAAGGCAGCUCUCCAUCCGAAGUCGAACCCACAGCUCUGACCUCUCAGAUUGCUCUUUCACACAAACGAAGGAGCAUGAGGACGAGGCGCUGCACAGUCAUGAACCUGGCAUUUGGACUUUUCUUGUUGCAGAUGCCAGUGUUGAAAUCACAAAUCGUAUUUUGGAAUUAAAUGCACGUAUUGUAGUCUCGCAAGUAGCUUCGGAAUGGACACUUGCCCUGCAGGCGAUGGAUCCGCGGAUUCCGGCAUUCAGACGCCCACCCGCUGAUGAUCUCCCCAGCCCCGGAGCUUGA